AUAUGACUUUAUAAUAUAAAACGUAAAUGCGUGCCAAGUAAAAUGGCCGCAAUUUCAGUGAGUGAGAUGGAAAAACAGUCAGAUGAUCCACUUCAUUUGUUAUGUUCACCUUGUAAACGUAAGGAAAGAAAUAAAGAAGCGGAGACAUAUUGUGCUGACUGUCAUGAUUAUUACUGCUCGGAUUGUGUGAAAUGUCACGACGAUAUUCCUGCUAUGUCUGGACAUAAGAUUCUAGAUAAAGAUCAAGUCAAAGAUAGACCAAGCGGAACAUUGCCUAUGACACCAACUCAAAGAUGCGAGAGACACGGAUUUAAACCUGUUGACAUGUAUUGUCAAGGUCACGAUAACGUUGGUUGUUCUACAUGUAUAGCAGCAGAUCACAGGUCAUGUAACGAUGUUUUCUAUGUGCCUGAGUAUGUCUUAGAUCAUGACCCUACAAGUCAAUGUAAACACGUUCAACGGACAAUGCUUGCUGUUACAGGUGACGUUGAAUUUCAGCUGAAAAUUCGACAACAGGAAAUAAAACGUCUGUUUAAGCGAAAGGAAGAAGAACUGAAAAAAAUUAAACAGUUCCGGAUUGACAUCAACCAGAAACUUGAUAAUCUUGAAAAGAAGAGCAUUGAUAACAUAGAAGAAAAAUACAAAGCAUUAACGAAGAAGGUUGAAGACCAAAUUACCAUUCUGAGAACUUUCCAGACCGAUGUUCAGUCUUCAGCAGCAGAUAUAAAAUCCGCCUCGUCAAACAUGUCGCAAAUAUUUGUCGGGAUGAAAGUAGCUAACCUAGUUUCAGGAAGAGUAGAAAAUGGUUUAAACGCGACAACAGUGGACUUUAAAAGAUUUAAUGUUGUGUUUAAAGGUCAGCAAAGACUUAUGUCAAUGAUAGACCAAAUGGACAUGUUGGGAGAAAUUGUAAAAUAUCCUGCUCUCUAUUGGCUCGGGAGAAAGAGGGAGAUUAGUAUCAAACAUGAUUCAGACACAGAUACUCAUAAUGAUAUAUUCAGUAUAUGUAUGCUAAAGAAUGGGUGUGUGAUUAUCGCUGAUAACAAGAAUAAAAGCUUAAAACGUCUUGACGUGACCUCAUCCAAAAUAAUAGAUGUAUGUCAAGUUCCAGAAUCCCCGUGGCAAAUAUGUGAAGUUGACAAUGAGAUAGCUAUAUCCUCCGGAGGGAGGAACAUAAACAUUGUAUCAAGUGAAGUAGGGCUUAAAGUAGCACGGAAAAUAGAGACCGAUCAUAACUGUUAUGGUGUAGGGUAUAGAAAUGAGAAAAUUUAUGUUACUGAUUCAAAUGAGACUGUUUUUGUCUACAACAUGACAGGGAUAAUGCUGAUACAAUUUUCCAAAAAUAAGUCAGGUGAUAACUUGUUGAGCGAUAUAAACUGUCUAACGGUCAGCCGAGAUGAUGAGAGGAUAUAUGUUUCUGAUCUUAAACGUGGUCUUGUAGUACUCAGUAAGGAUGGGGACUUACAUUGGGGAAACAAUACUUCCAAACUUGUGGACGCGAGAGAGGUUUCCGAAACAAAUAGUGGAGAUAUCCUUGUUUGUGGAUAUUUCUCAAACAAUAUUGUACAAUUUUCUCCAAAUGGUGAGGUGAGAGGAGAAAUACUUACAUCAGAUGAUAAAGAUGGAUGUUUACAGGCGGUUUGCUAUGAUCACAAUCACAUGAGACUGCUAAUUGGACGAGCAGAACGGGAUUAUAUAGAAGUUUAUGAUAUAAAUUGAACAACAAAUUAUAAAUAACAUCUAAAUGUUCAUGGCCGCUAAUCAAUGCCUGACUAAAUGAUGCAAUUUUAAGACAUCUGUUAUCGAUAUUCAUUUUAGAUAAUCUUCAAGGAAAAAUAACAAAAUAAAUAUAUAUUUUUUCUGCGAUUCACCUAAGACAUUUGAAUUUUGGGCAUAUUUAUCUACCCCUAAACGUAUCACAUAACCUUUAUGGAUAAUACGUAUUCAUGACACUUGUGACGAACUAAUUUAAAUAAAUGAAUAUUGCGGUUCAACAAUAAUGACCAUAAAUCCACCAAUCCCAAAGGCUACUUAUUUGUUUUAAAAUAAUAGCCUUUUCUAUUCAUAUUAUUGUUGUCUUUCCUGUGAAAAUAGGCCAUGUAAAUGUUUCGGAUUAUUUGCAUUAUCUAAAUAUGGUGAAUACAUACACUUAACACAUAGUGCAGUGUGUGAUACAAACUAAAUAUUUCAAUUCAUCUUAGAUACAUCACUAUUUUUUAGAGAAAGGAUUUCAUGAUCAAUUACAACAAGAGAGACCUGCACCGUCGUCCUGGAUUGACCCAUCAACUUUUCUAAUAUUUCUAGUGAAAACAAACUAAACACUCUUUCUCAAAACUUUGUUGCGUCACCUUACAUAUUAGUGUCAUUUGGUGCCAAUUUGGUUACGUCCUGUGGAAAAUAGACUU